GCAACAGGCAUUGAAAAAUCGGGGCAAGCAACCAUGAUCGUAAACGAAAUUAUCUAUUUCUUUGCUUCCAGACAAGCAAUGAUUUUUAUUCUAUUACUGUCAAGUUGCCUUUGUGUGACCGCAGAAAAUGGCUAUGGGUACGAAGUUGAAGUGCAACCUCUUAACGAAGCACCAGAUACAGCGCAGCCAUUCAAAGGAGUUCCAACCGGUAGAUAUACUUUCCUGGAUGCGAUAAAGACGCCACAAAAUCCUGGAAAUCAACCAGCCCUUGAUAAGGGACGCACACCAGAAAUGCGCCUUGGUUUAAACACAGUACAUUCACAGAACCCGGACAAUCAAUACGUCAUGGACCUCGUCCUGGUGCUCGAUUCAUCUUACUCCAUAACAUUAUUUGGUUGGAUGAAGAUAAAAAACGCAGCCAAAAAGCUCAUAGACAGUUUAAACAUCUCGCCACAGGGAACCCAUGUGGCUAUCAUGAAAUACAGCACUGAUGUUGAAACUUAUUACAUGUUUGACCCAAAAGCAAGCAAGGAUAAACUGAAGCAAUUGCUAGAUAAUCUACAGUUUGACGGUGAAUGGUCUAGGCUGGACAUAGCGAUGCAGUCAGUUGACCGUCAUGUGUUCGUUCCUAUUGGCGGUGCCAGACUUGGGAAAGUCCCAAAAGCAGUUGUAAUAUUUUCGGAUGGGAAAUCCGAUGGUCCUACUGCACCUGAAGAAGAAAUAGACUGGCAACAGAGACUUGUCGAACCACUGAAUUCAUUGAGAAACAAAAAUGUGGAUAUCUUCAGUGUUGCUGCUGGUGUGCCAGAUAAGGAUGCAUUAGAAGCUAUUACUGGUAGUUCUGCACGCGUCUUUGACAUAGAUAGUGUUGAUAACCUGGUGGCCGCUAUUAAAGCUGAAAGCUUACAGAUUACUCCUCCUCUUCCUCCUCUUCCUCCUGCUGCUGCUGCUGCUCCAACGACAUCAGCAACGACACCACCAACACCAACAACGACACCUUUACCAACACCAUCACCACAAGCAGCAGAAACAACAAUAUUAUCGAAUAUAAUUACAUUGACAACACAAGAGACUUGUACUGCUAUUGAAACUUUAACCCUGACGACAUUAGUUGCAUCCACACCAGUUACAACCGUAAUAACGACAGAAACCCAAACGACUUUGUUAACGGCCACAGAGACUGCUUCGACCGUUGUCGAAACAGCUACACAAACAGAUACAGUAACCGAGACCGUCACUGCAACUACUACGGAGCCGCUUACUUCAACAGCCAAGAUUACCGCUACGUCUACUGUAGCGGCUACUGCGACAGCUACUAAGAUGGUCACCUUGACAACAAUGGUUGAAGUAACUUCUACUACCUAUGCUAAAGCAGUAGCAACGCCCAUUCCAAUUACACUUGUGGGAUCAGUUGAAAGGAAGAAAAAAAAAAAGAUUCCUCGCGCCAAGCGAUGGUAUGAAGACUACCUCCCUAAAUUCGUCCACCGAUGGAUGGCGAUCAAGGAAUAGCUGCCUUAAUCUUAAAUAUGAUUGAUUCCUUAUAAUAUUUGAAAAAACAAAUAAACAAACAAACAAACAAGACGAAACAAAAAAAAAUCAGUCAUAACAGUAUUUCAAACCAAGUGCCCAUUGGAAUUAAAUAUCGGAUUGUCGUUAUAAGUGAAGUACCAAAACUGAAAAGUAAUCAAAACGCUGCACUAUAACAAUAAAUAUAACUAAUUAAACAAUAGAAAAUGACAGAAUUAGCAUAUUUUAGCACUAUUUAGUACUAUUUAGGAUGCACGCUUUUAUUGUUUGUACUCUAGUAAGACAGGUACUUCUUCGUUACUUUGCCGUCCUCCUUCCAAGCUACUUCUCUAUAACAAGGCCAGCUGGAUCAUUUUUUUUCCGGCGUAUCUUGGAUCUAAAUGAUAAAAUCUUGUAUCCGCUGGUUGCUCAUAUUUAGUGGUCUUUGUUACCUCGGGGAUUGGUUUAAAAGAAACCGCCAGGAUAGUCCCUAUGUAAAAAAAAAAAAACUCUAAUCAUCG